AAGGUCCUCAAGUUUGGAGUCAAUAUUAAUAUAGAAAGAGGCUUUUAAAAUUUCUAUCUUUUAAACUUUGGAUUAUAAAAUUAUUUAAAGUUUGAGCUCAACAAAAUUAUUACUUAGAAUGCACGUUUAAGAUGCAAGGUCCUGCGUUUCUAGAUCCAGAUUAGUCGCUCGAUUAUUCAUCAAGAAAGAAACGCAACACGUUGCACGCGUACAAAAGUGUCAGUCUCGCAUCGAGGGCACCCAUCUUGCCUUAUUGGUUCAUCCAGCGGCUUCGUUGCAUCGUUGCACAAAUGGAUGAGGAGCUAGGAACAGAUAUGUGUGUGCAGUCAUCAUGACGCACACGGUUAUGCAAUCCCAGUGUUUAUUGUACGCUCGAUUUCCAGCCGUUUCGUCUUUCCUCCCACGUGCUUGCCUCGCUUUCCUUUUUUGGGUAGGGCUUUUCGCGCCACGAUCCAACUUUGCCCCUAUAUUGUCCCAUGUAUCAGCUGGUUCUUAGCUCGGGUUUCGAAAUAGGAUAGGAAAGCUCAAGGUAACGAUGUCAAUUUUCGAUUUGACGUAGAAACGGAUACGUUUCCCGAUACUCGAUAUUCGAAACAAGGGAAUGUUCUCUUGCUGGCAAGGAAGUAAGAAAAAUCAGCUGGCUUAUCUUCCUGUUCAUUAUUAGCGAACACGUUUCUUGAACAGGCCACUUUUGUACAGGCCAAACGGUAAGAGUUAUCGAAAAAAUUCUGCACCGUUGUGUUUAGUGGGUCAAAAUCUCAACGAAUGACUUUUUUUUUUUUUUGCCACUUCCAGUCUGAACGAAAAUGGCCGAAAAAAGGUUGGCUUUAGUCUCCUUUGAAUUAUGACUUUCCUCUGUAGUUUUUCAAUAUCCUUGAAAUCAGGAUUCUUAAUUUCCUUAUGAAUGGUUUCAUGAAAUUCCUGACUUGAGUUAUUCGUCACCUAUGCGAUUCUAAAUGUUGUCAAAUCACACGUAUGUUCACGCAUUUUCAUGUGGAUUAGCAUUCCAAUAUAAAUCAUGUUCGUCCGCAGUGACAAUCUUUCAUUCUGACGUAAUCUUACGGUAUUUAAUAACAUCUGGUGACACCAUCACCUAAAUAUGGGCACACUCACGAGGGCGAUAUCGAGAAUAAUAUUGGUCAUUUUAAGAAUCUUGAGCAUUUUUAACAGAGGCGAGGUGAUCAGCCUUGUUUUACUGGCAUCACUGACAUAACCGGCAUUCCUUUAAUCUCCUUUACUGAUCAAACAUCUGGUAGUUGGAUUCAGAAUAUAUUAUACUUUAUCUUGUUUUUCUCUUCAGUUUAAAAUUAAUUAUUGAUUAAAAUCUGAAACUAUUGAGUAUAAAUAUCAAUAUUCUUCUUCUAGAUAAAAAAAAAGGAACGUAGAAUUCCAAGAACGGCCACCAAAGUAUUAAGUUUCAAAAUUGAUUGUUUCAAGGAAAUGUGUUCAAAGUAACAAAAAUUUGAUACAUCAGGGAGCUGUUCAGCGGGUACGAUUGAAAAUCAGUUCUCGAAUGGAUCAUACCCGGAUCUCGUUACCAUGAUUUUCAUUAGAUUAGAUUACAGGUACAAAUUGCUACCUGACGAGCGUAAUAGUAAUCGAAUAGUUACACCAUUAACCUUGUUUACAUGAUGUACAUACGAGAGACUGAUGUAUCUUGGAUUGUAUGACUACAUAUUGUAUGGAUCGCGUUACAAGCGUUUCGCUUCACGCGGUCAAGGUGCUUGACACUCUACGUGAUGUUUAUUUUGAUGAUGUUCAUCAUCAUCCGCUUCCAACAGCUAGAUCUUACCUUAAACAAUGAAUGGAACAUUCAGUGAAUUGAGAUUCACCUGAAUUUGCACGGCUUAAAUGUUUGACUUGCAUCGUUUUAUAGUUGUUUCUUUUUUGCAGAAUGAGUCAUUGUUUGACGAUUGGAAAUGUUAGAUGAUGAUGCAUCGUUCUUUAUAUAGUAUUUGAAAAGCAUAACUACGUCUCGAUCUUUGAGAUGUAUAAAACAGACUUUGAAUGUUACUAAUUAUUCUCAGCUAAUAUUUACAUAAAUCUUAUUUCAAGUUUCUGAAAUUUUGAAUACUGUUUUUAAACACUAUAUACGGAAAACAAUGAUUAUCAUAGAGAUUAUGCGUACACAAUCUAGAAUAAUUUAAUCGUUUCCCUCUAAUCACGAAUCUAUCUCGUCGAACAGCGGACUUCCGCCCACGCAAGCGACCUACUACCACUGCUCGCCUACGUUUGUUUAUGAAUAAUUAAUACUAUCGUGAAUCGUUAUAUUUUUUUCUGUUUUUUUGUCAACAGAGAUUGUGAUUGUACGCUUGACUUGCGUUGUAAUUAAAUUAAGCCUCGAACAGACCAGAUGGAUCAUCUUUGGGAAACGCACGGUCGCCGGUUAAGCGAGGCUGGCUUGCGCAGAGGAUCAGAUAACAGUGUCGUCUUAACAGAAGACACCGACAGCUUCAUAAUAGGAGAUCGAGUAUGGGUUGGUGGUACCAAACCAGGCGCCAUCGCCUAUAUAGGAGAGACCCAAUUUGCACCUGGAGACUGGGCUGGUGUAGUCCUGGAUGAACCAAUCGGAAAGAACGAUGGCUCAGUUGCUGGUUGCCGAUAUUUUCAAUGCGAACCGAAACGAGGGAUAUUCUCACGUUUGACUAGGCUCACCAGAACACCGUUGUCGGAUAUGGUAUCACCUACACAGAAGACACCAACAUCUCCACUUGGCAAUAUGAAAGAAGGCUUGAGCAAGUCUAUGUCUCCGUCUUUAAACGCAUCAACGACGAGUCUGUCGUCCACGAUGUCACAGAGGGAUCUAAGGCUAGGCGACAGGGUAAUAGUAUCGUCCAGCCAAGGCAGCAAAACAGGUGUCCUCAGGUACAUGGGCCCCACAGAAUUUGCACCAGGCGAAUGGUGUGGCGUGGAACUCGAUGACCCAAUUGGAAAAAACGAUGGCUCCGUUGGUGAUAAGAGGUACUUUGAGUGUCGACAUAAAUACGGCCUGUUCACACCCGCACACAAGGUCAGCCGGUCGCCAACCAGCAAAAGGUCAUCGUGUAUGGUACACAAGCCAACCGGCGCUGCUCUAAACUCGUCCCUGAAGAAGAUUGGUUCCAGAGAGUCUCUACUUUCACUGUCGAGCAUCGCCAGCACCGCGAGCGUAGCCACCAGGGCUGGUGUUAGCUCAGCGAGGAGGCCUGGUUUGCGCACGUCGACACCUGCACGAAUUACACUGCAGGAAACAUUAAAAGAGAAGCAGCAGGAGAUAGAAAUCCUUCGGAAAGAAAGAGAUCUAGAACGUGAGCGCGUUACAAAAGCUGCUAAUCAAGCAGAUCAAGCUGAACAAUCAAUUAUUUCAAUAAAACAAGAAUAUGAGCAGUACCGGGAAAAGAUGCAGAAAACAGUUACAGAAGCAGAAACUGCAUUCACAAAACUGCUGCAGGAGAAGAAUGCCCUGGCUUUACAAUUGGAAGAGGAGAAGAGGAAAUGUGAAGAUCUUUUGUUUCGGUUUGAAGAAGAAUCAGUCAAUAAGGAUGAUAUUCAGAAAGAGAGAACUGAGCAAUGUGUAAUAAAUACGGUAAAUGAAAAUAGAAUAAAGGAUCUCGAAAGGCAAUUGUUAGAGGAAAGGGAACGCGUUGCUCAAUUAGAACGCGAUAGCAUAAAACUGUUUGAAACCGAAGAGGAAUUGACACGUCUUCGCAACGAGAUCUCCACUGUUACCGCUCAAGAUAAACACCAGUUGGAAGACUUGCAGAUUCGCAAUAAGAGUUUAGAAGAAAUUAAGAACAAUCUUGAAAGGGAAGUACAAGAAAAGACAACACUUGUGGAACAAUGUGUCGUACAAAUAAAAGAACUGGAAUCAACAUUGAAUGAUAAUCAAAGGGAAAGUACCAAAUCAGAAACUGUUUUACGAACAGAAUUAGAACAAUCAACGAAAAGUUUAGAGGAGAAAAAUACUCUGAUAGAAAAUAUGAAAAAAGAAUUUGAAAAUAGUACAAAUACUUUGAAAGAAGAACUGCAAAAGGCCACCGAAAUGAUAGAGACUGUAAAAAAAGAAACCACGAGUGAAAAGGAAUCAUUGAUAUCUAAAUAUGAAAAAAUGGUGGAGGAGAAAGAAAAUCUUCUAAAGAUAAAAAUUCAAGAAUUAGAAAUGGGAUCUAAAAAACAAUUAGAGAUACAAAACGUUGCUUUGGACGAUUUAAAAGCUGAGAAUGAAAAACAAAUUAACAAACUUUCAGAGUCCUUCAAUGAACAGUUAAGUAUGAAAAAUUCAGAAAUCAAGGAAGUUUCAAUGGAAUUAAAUAAAAAAAUAUCAGAAACUGAAAAACUGAUGGCAGAACUGGCAGCACAGGUUAAUAUAAAUAAUAAAAAAGAUGAGGAGUUAAAUAUUGCUUUGAAAAAACUUGAAGAACUGAACGAAAAAUUGAAGUUGAUGGAAGAGAAGAAUGAUAUGCUUUCUAAACAGAUACAAGAGUAUCAAUCAAAGGCUGAAGAUAGCUUUAAAAUAGUUCAAGAAAAGCAAAAAUUAGAAGAAGAUAUUGCGUCUUUACGAGCUACCGAGGCAACUUCUUCUACACAAUUACAAAAAUUAAAUGAAGAAUUGAAAGUGAAGGAAAAAGAAUUGUCUGAGCUUCGUUCAACUACCGCAGCUGAAAUAGAGGAAUUGACUAAACGUUAUCAGCGUCAAAUUGAAGAAAAAGCGAAACACAUUGAAGAGGCAAACACAAACAUAUCUCAAAAGUCAUUAUUACUUAGCAAAUUAGAAAAUGAUAUAGUUGAACUAAAAUCAAUUCUAGCGAAUAAAGAUCAUGAGAUCAAAACUCUUACGGAAAAAACUUUAGAGUUACAGAGCACGCUUACUAUGUCACAACAAAGUAAAACAAAUUUGGAGAAUCAGCUUCGGACAUUUGAAAGCAACAUAGAACAAUUAAAUCAGCAAGUAGCUGGCACGGAAAAUAAGUUGUCUCAGGUUACCGCUCAAAAAGAGAAAUUGGAGGCUGAUAUUGCAAAUAUGAUAAGUAGUUCCACUGAUUCGUCUGCACAACUUGUAAAAUAUAACGAAGAUUUGCGAUCAAAAGAGAAAGAAUUAGAUGCAUUAAAAGAUAGAGCAUUUAACAGUGAUAGUAUGCUGAAAUCAUUAGAGGCUAAAUUGAAUAAUACGGAAGUACAAUUAAAAGAAGCUAACGCAGUAAUUCUAGAACAACGCUCGGCAUUAGAAGAUAGUAAGACUCAGUUGGAAAAAGAGAAAACAUUAAAUACAACGUUAUCUGAUAAAAUAACAGCUUUUGAAACAGAGAACGUAGAACUGAAUAAGCAAAUACAGGAAAAUGAACAUAUUAAGCAGAAUCUUAAAGAAAAGUCUGAAGAAGCAUUGAACCUUAUGAAUGAAUUAACAAACCGUAAAGAUGAAGUUCUUAAUCUUCAAAAACAAUGUGAUACGCUGCAAAACUCGCACAAAGAAGAGAUAUUAUCGCUUCAAAAAGAAAUGAGUAAUUUAAAAUCAGAAUUGACUGCUUCUAAAGAAGAGACAAAAGCAAUCCAAAAAUUGAAAUCGAAACUAGAAGCAGAUCAAAGUGCCAAUCGUUGGUCUAUCGAAGAAUUAACAGAGAAAUUAACAGCUGAGACUGAAAACCGUUCAAAAUUAGAAUCUUUAAUAACCGAGAAAGAUUCUUAUUUGCAACAGUUACAAAAUAAAUAUUUGAAAUUACAAGAAACUAAUGAAACAUUAAUAAAUAGUAAAGAAACAACUAAUAAAAAUCUAACAACUUCGUUGGAUGCUAUGUCCAAUGAAAUAAAAGAAUUAAAAGAUAAACUAGUCACUGCAACAGAAACCAUCAAAAGUAAAGAGGAUGCUCUUGUUCAAACGAAAAAGGAAACUGAACAAACUGAAGCACAAGUUUUAAAACUUAAUGAUAUUAUUUCAAAAAUGCAAAAAGAUCAAUCAGAUAAUGCAAACGAAACGAAGAAGAUACAAGAUGCUCUUGUAGAAAAAGAAAAAGAAAUAUCUAGCAUUCUAGAAACAAAGAUUUCUUUAGAAAAUAAAGUACAAAAUUUAGAAUCACGAUUACAAGAUAAUGCAACAACGUUAGAAUCCCAAUUGAAGAGUGUACAACAGGAUUUAACCAUGAAAGAUAAAUCACUGCAGGAGAUGGAUCGCUUAAUAAAAGAAUUAGAAAGCUCUAAAGAUGAAUCUAUAACGAAAUUACGGAGUAACUACGAAUGUGAUAUGAAAUCUAAGCAAACUGAACUUGAAAAUGCAAUUAAGAAAAUUUCUGAAUUACAGCAGAAGCAACAAUCCGUUCAAACUUUGGUUGAGAAACAAAAUAUUGACUUAAAUAAUAAAGAAGUUAUGAUAGAGAAAUUAACAGCAGAAAUAAAGGUUUUAGAAAAUGCACAAACAGAGAAGCUUAAAGCAGACGAACAGACGCGAAACGAAGAAAUAAAACUUACUCAAAGUAAACUGAAUGAAGUGAUUAAAGAAAAUAGGAAUUUGAUGGAUACUAAAGAAUCGUUUGAAAAAAUGUUAAAAGAACAGAAGGAGAAAAUCGAAAUACUGACAAAUACUAUGAAAAAUAAGGAAAAAGAAAGUGAGAAAAACAUGCAGAAUUUGAUGGAAAAAUUAAAUCGUGUAUCUUCGGAAUCCGCACAGUUAAAGGAAGCACAAAACAAUUUGGAAAAAGAAAAUAAAUUAAUUACUGCAAAAUGGACGGAGGCGACGAAUCAGUUAAAACUGACUCGCGAAAAUAUAAAGAAUAAUUAUGAUGCAGCAGGAGGUGAUAUGAAACAUAUAGGCGAUAAGGAUAUUGAUUCCUUAAAAUUUAAAGAAGACUAUGAAACGGCGAAAGGCCAGAUAGAGUUUUUAAAUUCUGUAAUAGUAGAUAUGCAACGUAAAAAUGAAACUUUGUUAUGUAAAAUUGAGGUUCUUGAAAUGGGAGUACCCGCUAAUGAAGCUGACGAAUAUACAACAACCACCUUAGAGAAACGUAUGGCCGCACCACGUAUGUUCUGUGAUAUAUGUGAUCAAUUCGAUUUACAUGAAACAGAAGAUUGUCCACGCCAAGCCCAAGACUUUUUAGAAACAGAGAAAAUUGCAAAAUCCCCAAAAAAGGUGUCGGUGGAAAGACCGUACUGCGAAAACUGUGAAAUGUUUGGACACGAUACUCGUGAUUGCGAUGAUGCCGAAACGUUUUAAAAGCGUGUUAUUAUUUCUAAACCUAUCUUACCGCUUCUCAGAUAUUCUAGAUACAAGAAGAAACCUGUUGAAAUUUAGCAGAGUAUAUUUUUAUAUAAAAGAAUUUAAUGCUACCGUUGUGUGUAUGUCUUCCUGCAUAGGACAUGGGUAUUCAUUCACGAAUUCUAAUGACUUGAUGAAGAUCUGUGCUCUUGUUAAAUUCAUGGCUUGAAAGUCUGUUUUUACUGGAUUGUUUUGUGUGCAUAUUUGUGCUUCCAUUGUAAUUGUUAAAGUACAAAGCCAUACCAUUUGAUUACAAGCCACAGUUAUGGUUAAAUUGUUACGUUGUUUUAUAAAAAUGAAGCAUAUUUUGUUCAUUUUCAUUAUGAAAAGCUAAACGAUUACAGGUAUCGAUUAACAGGACUGUCUAAAGUUCGAUGUAAUUAUGUACAUAAUAGUUAUUUAUAUCAACCUGUACAUGUAUUUAUUUAUUUUGCGUUCAAAAACGCAGCAGAUACAGUGAUAGUUCCUGUAAUUAAAGAACGCAAUGAUCGAGUCAUUAGCGUUGAAGCGUAAGACAUUUCUUGCCUCAUUUGCAAGAGUUUAUAUUGAUUUAAUUGGUAGUACAUUUUUCUGAGAAAGUGCUUUUUACAUUCGAUAUAGAAAGAGGUAUUUAUUUUGUUUAUGUUAUCUAUUAUUUGUAUGAAAAUCAUUUCAGCGAAAUUGUACUACUAUGUCCUACUGUUGUCUUGCCUUUUAACUAAGCUUUAAUACAAGGUUGAUACAUACAUUAGUCUUAAAAUUUUAUGCUUUGUAGUUAAGAGAAAUAAAAUUGUAAGAGACUGA